AUGAUCUUCCAACCCUUCCUCGCCAUCCUGGCGCUCCUAAUCUCCUCUAUUCACGCUUCCUUCGUCAGCUAUCCCCGGCCUUCCAUCUACGACAAAUCCGCACACUUCUCACUCAAAGUAAACGGCACGUACGCAUACACUGUCAGCUAUGCUGGCUAUGACUACGUGCAGGUAUCCAUGGAUGAGGGAUAUGAUACCGAAUUCCGCAUUGCGCUUACGGCGGGAGAUAGCAUCACAUCUUACUCCAUCUCUCCAGCAAAACUACCCAUAUCAGCGAAAACGGAGGGCAAUGAGCUUGUGUUCUCCCUUACAAAGGCACAUUAUCUGAUUGUUAAGAUUAAUGACGAGAAGGAAUUUGUCGUUUUACUUGAUCCAAGCGAGGUCGAUGUGCCUGCUAGCUCAGGCUCGACUAUUUAUAAUGUACUCGACUACGACGCAGAUAAUACUGGGAAAUCGUUGACAAAGGGUAUUCAAGCCGCCAUGGACGCAGCAGCCGAGAAGCCAGGGAGUACCGUCUACGUGCCCGCAGGCCUAUAUACAAUUGGCAACCUGAUGCUCCGUAACCACACUUCAUUGUAUAUUGCUGGCGGCGCGGUGCUGCGCUUCUCAGGAAAUCCAAGCGACUAUACAACCCUCUACAACAAGGCCGACCUGUACGACGGCACAUGGUGGAUCCAGACAGAAAUCAACUCGACCAAUAUUAAACUCUAUGGCCGCGGCACUAUUGAUGGGAAUGGGUAUAAUACACGCAAGGCCAAGUUCAUGGCUGACCUGGUAGUGCCCGUUGGUACAACGAAUUUCACCUACGAUGGGGUCCUUGUACGUGACAGCUCGUUUUGGGCUGUCACACCGAUCCAGGUCACCGAUGCGCUGUUGACGAAUCUCAAGAUUCUAGAUAGGCAGGACGUCACUCAGGAUGACGGGAUCGAUGUCAUCGAGUCGACGCGGGUGACAGUGCGCCGCUCGAUUGCGAUUGCCAAUGACGAUUCCUACUCGGCGAAGACAUGGCAGUAUAACGUGCACACUACCGUACCUUAUCCGUACGCGCCGCGGGAGUUGCGGGAUGUGUUGUUUGAAGACUGCCUUGCCUGGACGCUGUGCUUCUCCUACAAAAUCGGGGAAGGCGUGUGGGAUGUACAGGAUAAUGUGACUUUCCGGGACAGCGUCACAUACAAAGCUGGUGUUGGCAUCGGCAUUCAUCACAAGUUUGGCUCCGAAAUCGCGAGUAAUAUUACUUUUGAAAACAUUGAUAUUGAGAGGUUAUCGGGGUCGCCAGCCGGGAAAGCGACGUGGAUGGCGAUUUAUGUCGACGAUGCGGGUCAGGGUGUUGGGCCGUUGAAAGAUUUGACGAUUAAGAAUAUUCGGGCACGGCAGCAGGGCAAAGGCGAUGCGUAUUUGGCAGGGUACAAUGAGUCAUCGAUAGUUAGCGAUGUGACUAUUAGUGAUGUGUACAUUCAUGACAGUAAGGUCCCGGCGACAACAUUUGAGGAGAUGAAGUUGUUUCAUGUUAGUCAUUCGGAGGGUAUCGAGAUAGUUAACUCAUGA